CUCACCAGAGUCUCCGCACGCAAACAUCAUUAAAGCACAGUGUGUGUGUGUUAAUUAUCUCUCAUAAUGAGAGGCGCGCACAUUAGAUUAGAAUUUAAGCAUCAAUGUAACCCGUUUCUGAGGUAAGGGGUUCGAGCUGAAACUCAAGUGUGCCAAAAACAAUGAACCUCCAUCAGGUGCUCACAGGGGCCGUGAACCCCGGAGACAACUGCUUCUCUGUGGGACGCAUCAACAACCAGCCUUUCACGGCGUACGCCUCGGGCUGUGACAUUGUCAUUCUGGGCAGUGACUUUGAGCGGAUCCAGAUCAUCCCCGGAGCCAAACACGGUAACAUACAGGUGGGCUGUGUGGACUGCUCACUGCAGGGGGGACAGAUUGCAGCAUCUUACGGAAACAUUAUCUGUGUGUUUGAGCCAGUGGAGGUCAGUCCACAAGGAAAAGCACAACAAAAACUGAACUAUCAGUGGCAGAAGAGCGGGCAGUUUGUGUUGCAGUCGGUAGCUCACAUCCUGGCGUGGCACCCCAGCGGUACGUGUCUGCUGACGGGCUCGGCGUGUCUGCAGCUGUGGUGUAUCGUGCAUGUUAGUGCAAAUUCUGCAGAUGAAACACAGACUGAUGUGCAGAGCUCCUGGAGAUGCAUCUGGCACUGCAAGACUGCUGCUCCGAUUCACUUCAUCAAGUUCUCACCAGAAGGAGAGUUUUUCGCGACUGCAGGACAGGAUGACUGUCUGGUGAAGGUGUGGUACAGCACCAGUAAAUGGCAGGUGGACGUCACCAGACUGUUCACCCCUCUCGACCUGGGCUCCGUGUCAGAGAUCAACUUCUUGUUCAUUUACCUGGCUCACCCUCGCUCCGUCACCGGCUUCUCCUGGAGAAACAUCAGCAAGUACCUGCCCAGAGGUGCGGUGUGUAACGUCCUGCUCACCUGCUGCAAAGACAGUGUGUGUCGACUGUGGGCUGAAACAGUGUUGCCUAGCGACUGUCUGCUGUCUGGAGUCAGACACAAUCAAAACGAGAACAUUAGUAGUGACGUCCUCAAACCAAACAUCAAGAAGAAGUCCUCCAGCAACAGCAAGAACCAGAACCAGAACCCACUGGAGUUGAAUCUGAAGCACUCGUGGAGAGAGGAGGUGAGGUGUUUGUCUCAGCUGUCAUAUACAGGACCUCUGCCCCAACAACAGAACAAACACUACACACACCGCGCCAACAUCCUGCACGCCAACUCGCUCUGCCAUUUCCACAUCGCUGCCAGCAUCAACCCAGCCACAGAUAUUCCUCUGCUCCCCUCCAUCUCCUCUAUGAGCGGCUGUGAUGAGGAGGAACCGGGCGGUUCGUUCACUGUUCACUGGCUCAACAACAAAGAGCUGCACCUGACGCUGAGUAUGGAGGUGUUUCUACAGCUGAUGAGGAGCAGUGCAGAGCAGAGCGACACUAUCGAGAACGGUAAACACUCCACACACCUGUACGCUGAUGUAACGGCGUCUGAUGAUUCACAUGCGUCAAAAAUAACAACAUCUUUGUUCUCCACAGAUGUUGAUGAAGCAGCUGUAGAUCAUCAGGUCAGCGUGCUGCUGAGUGACUGGAACAGAGCAGCUGACAUGGUCUUCAGCAUCCACCCGAUGGACGGAUCACUGCUGGUGUGGCACGUCGACUGGUUAGAUGAAUAUCAGCCCGGAAUGUUCCGCCAGGCGCAGGUUUCCUUUGUGUCUCGGAUUCCCGUGGCGUUCCCCACCGGAGAUGCCAACUCUCUGAGCCGUAGCGUAGUGAUGUAUGCUUGCAACAGAAACGUGGAGCUGGCGAUGCAGCAUGGGCGUCAGCGACCCGCAGGCGUGCCCCACUCCUCCUCUACUCUGAUCGGCUUGAGUCAGAUUAAACCUGCUGCUAACAGCCUGCGUCUCCGCAUCUUCACCCCGAACGUCCUGAUGAUCUCCAAACACAAUGACGGCUCCCUCAACCAAUGGACUGUCAGCUUUGCUGAAGACUCCGCCUUCUCCAUGGUGCUCAGUGUGUCUCAUAAGUCACGAUACUGUGGGCACCGCUUUCACCUGAACGACCUGGCUUGUCACUCUUUGCUGCCGUUGCUGCUCACCACGUCACACCACAAUGCCCUGAGGACACCCGACGGGGGCGCUGCCCUCACCCACUCGCCUGGCAUUACUGCCUCAUCUCGCAGGAGCAGAGUGUCGUCUGGCGGUGUCUCUCAGGACCCUAACGCGAUCUAUAGCGAGCUGAUCCUGUGGCGGGUGGAUCCGGUCGGGCCGCUGUCGUUCUCAGGCGGGGUGUCAGAACUCGCCCGGAUCAACUCUUUGCACACGUCGGCGUUCUCUAAUGUGGCCUGGCUGCCCACACUCAUCCCCAGCAACUGCCUCGGUGUGUAUGGAAACUCACCCAGUGCCUGUUUCAUCGCCAGUGACGGGCACUCGCUCAGACUCUAUCAGGCUGUUAUUGAAGCCAAAAAACUGCUGAGUGAACUUUCUAACCCGGACAUCUCUAAAUAUGUUGAAGUGUUUAAUAUCAUCAGUCAACAAUCUACGGCCAGACCAGGCUGCAUCAUUGAGCUGGACGCCAUCACUGACUUUCAGGGGAAGGAGACGCAGCUGUUACACGUGUUUGAAGAGGACCUGAUCUUGGGAAGUGAGAAAGCAGAUGAUUGUUUUCUGGAGUCUGUUCCCAGCCGGACGAUCUUCUCUGCUCGGUUCUUUCUGGUGGUGGUGGAGAUCACGCAGAACGGCAGAUCACUGCUGCAUAUGUGGCAUCUACAACUAGACACAGUUCCUGUUAUUAUGGAGAAAGCUCGUUGUCCUGCAGAGAGAGUGACUGUGUCUCCAUCACCUGUGAACUGUUCACAGUUUAACUUUGAGAUGCUCAGCUCACCAUCCACCCAGAAAUCAAAACUGAACACGUCCAACCUCCAGAGUGCCUGCCGUCUCACGCUCACAAACACGAAGGUUUUCAGUCAGGAGCUCGAUCUUCCAGAGGAUGUUGAAGUCAUAUGUAUGACACCUGCUGCAGGUCACUUAAGCUCUUCGUCAUUGCAGCCAGCUGGACGUGCUCCGUAUCUUCUGGCCACGUCCUGUUCAGACGCUACGGUCAGAUUCUGGAGGUGUAGCUCUGUCUUUGACCCUGAAACCCCUGGAGAACCUUCAUACGUGUGGCAGGAGUGGCCUCUGUAUGUGGAAGAGGGUCUUCCCAGCAGCAGUGCUCUCAGUGUGUCUGGACAGCUCAUGGCUCUCAGCUGCUGUCACACCAGUAGAAUAGCGGUCGCGCACAGGGCUGAAAGAGCGCGUGGGGGCACUAGUGAGCCUCUCAUGCAUGUGAGUAUAUUCCAGUGUGAGUCCACGGGCGGCUCUCAGUGGAUACUGGAACAGACACUUAAAGUUAGCGUAUCUUGUAGCCAGAGUAGCAGCUACUGCGAUGGAAGCUUGAUGGUAUCGAGUAUCAAAGAUGGUUUGGUGGCUGAUAAUGAUUGCUUAGCUGGCGGCAAUAAGCAGCAGGUGCAUUUAGACUGGGUUUCCCGAGAGGAUGGCGCUCAUAUAUUAACUGUGGGUCUGGGGUCCAAACUAUACAUGUAUGGGAUGCUUUCAGGAAAACCUCCUGAGCUCGGCUUGUCCGACAGCAGCCAUGAGCGCUGCUACUCUCGCCUGGUUCUCCUGCGAGUGGUGGAUCUGGUGUCAUCGGUCGAGGGUUCGCUACCCAUUCCUGUCUCUUUGUCUUGGGUGCGAGAUGGCAUCCUGGUGGUCGGGAUGGACUGCGAGAUGCACGUCUACUCUCAGUGGCAACCGCCGGCCCCACUCAAACCUACAGUCACCACUGGUGAGAACAGCAUCCGCACUAGUAGCGUGACAUCUCUCAGUGCUGCUGUGAAACAGGAUGGACUGAGUCAAAAUCUGCCUAAAAAGACACUCACCAGGUCAAUGACUAGUUUGUCUCAGAAGCUCAGUGGAAAGAGAACGAUGUACGACCUCCCUGCUGAGAUGGAGGAUUCCGGUUUGUUUGAGGCAGCUCACCACCUCUUUCCCACGUUACCUCAGUAUCAUCCGGUACAACUGCUGGAGCUCAUGGAUCUCGGGAAGGUCAGACGGGCCAAAGCCAUCCUAUCGCACCUGGUGAAGUGCAUCGCUGGAGAAAUCGUGUCUCUGCAGGACGAUGGUCUGGAGCGUCGUCUGAGAUCCCUCACCAUUAGCGCCAGCGGAAGCACCAGCAGAGACCCAAAGAUGUUCAGCAAGAGUGAGAGCUCAGACUACACUGAGAUCGACUCGAUCCCACCCCUGCCGCUGUAUGCGCUAUUAGCUGCUGAUGUGGACACAGCACCCACAGCGCAUACGGACAGUAUGAGCGGACGCGGAACCUGCACGUCCAGCCGAACAGACACUUAUGACGAGCUCUUCCAGGCCGCAGCCAUCUGCGUGGAUGACCUGGAUCCAUUGGGUGACGAUGAGGAAGAUGCUAAUGAUAAAGUCAUUGAUCUGUCCAAGUACAGCCCCACGUUUUUUGGCUCUGAGCACGCUCUGGUGUUAUCUGGACACCUGCUGCACUCCAGUCUGCCAGGCCUGACUCGCAUGGAGCAGAUGUCUCUGAUGGCUUUGGCUGACACCAUCGCUUCCACCAGCACAGAUAUUGGAGAGAGUCAAGGGAAAGGUCAAGGUGGAGAGACUCUGGAUGAUUGUGGGCUGAAGUUUCUACUGGCUGUUCGGCUACACACUUUCCUCCUGACCUCUUUACCUCCAGCUCAUCGAGCUCAGCUCCUCUGUCAAGGUUUGUCCACCAGUCAUUACGCCUGGGCGUUUCACUCUGAGGCAGAAGAAGAGUUACUCAACAUGCUCCCAGCUCUACAGAAAGGAGAGGCAACUUGGCCGGAGCUCAGAGCCAUGGGUGUGGGCUGGUGGCUGAGGAGCACCAAAAAACUUCACAGAUGCAUUGAGAAGGUAGCAAAGGCUUCUUAUCAGAAGAACAACGAUCCAUUAGACGCAGCCUUGUUUUAUCUUGCCAUGAAGAAGAAAGCUGUAGUUUGGGGACUGUACAGGUCUCAGCACAAUGUGAAGAUGACCGCGUUCUUCAGCAAUAACUUCAGUGAGGAUCGUUGGAGGAAGGCAGCGCUGAAAAACGCCUUCUCGUUGCUUGGAAAACAACGUUUCCAACAUUCUGCUGCUUUCUUUCUGCUGGCCGGAUCCCUCAGAGAUGCUGUUGAAGUUUGUAUAGAGAAGCUUCAGGAUCUUCAGCUGGCUCUGGUCAUCUGUCGGCUAUAUGAAUCAGAGUUUGACACAUCCCGCACCUACAAAAGAAUCCUGCAGAGACACGUUCUUGGUCAUGACCAUCAGAUCCCGGCACAUCAGGACCCGUUCUUACGCAGCAUGGCCUGCUGGGUGUUAGAUGACUACAGCAGUGCGCUGGACACUCUGCUUGAACAGCCCAAUGCAGAGCUGGCCAAUCAAGGAAGCACAGCCACAUCUCCCUGUUACCCUGAUAUCUUUAACUUCUACACAUACCUCAGAUCUCACCCGCUGCUGCUCCGCCGACACUUCUGCUCUUCAGAUAAAGCUAAAGUGGGUCUGAUGGCAGAGGGCCGUAUGAGCGACUCCAUCAGCCUCCUCGAGAGAAAACUGUUCUUCAGUGCUGCUUACGCACACUUACAGGCCGGCUGUCCCAUGCUCGCUUUGGAAGUCCUCUCCAAAAUGCCAACAGUUGUUAAACAAUCAAAGAUGCACCUCGGCCAGGAGAACUCAUCCCUGUCAUUGAAUGGCUCUAAAGAACUUGAGAAGCACAAAGAUCAGGCCUCACCUCUAGACUGGUCUCAGCCGGUUCUCAAUGGUUUUGAGUCCAUGUCUGAUUUUCUGUCUUCACCCAUAGAGCAUAGUCAGUCUGAUUCUGUACUGAGUUUUGAUUGUAGUCAGCCCUCCGUGAACCUGCAGGAUGAGUCGCUGGAGCUGAAGUGGGACAGUGAAAAAGACGACUCUGAUGAAGAGGAAUCAGGACUGGCGAUGAAGACCGUCCACCCCGAGAACAACAGUGUCCCUCUAGAGACUCCUGACGCAGCGUCCACCUCCACAGAUCAUGUGACCGAAGAGUCUCUCACCCUGACGGACGACAUCCUCGCCGCUCGGCUGAAGUUCAGCUCCUGUCUGAAGAUCCUCACCACAGAGUUACGGACGCUCUCCACAGGCUACGAGCUGGACGGAGGGAAACUGCGCCAUCAGCUGUGUCACUGGCUGGAGCGAGAGGUGGCGGCCCUGCAGAGGUGCUGCGGGUACAACCCGUUUCUCCAGCAGCUGUCUGAAGGCAUCUCGGCAGACCUUGGUCAGAACGGCAUUGGAGAUGAUCUGGAGCUGCAGAGCAGGGAAGUCCAGCACAGACGCAGACUCUGGCUGAAGAGGAACCAGCCGCUACUGCGCAUCUUCCUCAGUUACUGCAGUUUGCAUGGGUCACAUGGAGGAGGUCUGGCAUCGGUUAGGAUGGAGCUCAUUCUGCUGCUGCAGGAGUCUCAGCAGGAUGACAGUGUUCAGAUGUGUGUUCCCCCUCAACCGCUCGCCUCAGUCCCUCUUCUGCUCGCCUGGAGCGCGAGCUCUAAAACUGUGGUGGCCAAUCCCAUAGUGCACCUGACCAAUCUCACCCACGACAUACUGCACACGAUCAACACACUGGACUCGCCGCCACACCCUGAUGUCAUCAAUAAUGAGAUCUAUGUGAUGCACACACUGGCAGCUUCCCUCUCUGCCUGCAUUUAUCAGUGUCUCUGUGAUGGACACAGUUACAGUCAUGUAAAUCCGUUCACGGGCGUCACCUAUCAGAGUGUUCUGAUUACCCAUCAGAAGAGCGUCAGUAUGGAGGAGACCGUCCUGCCCAACACGUCUCCUGCGCAGUGGCCUGGAGUGAGCGCUCUGAUGCGGCUGCUGACCUCUUCAGGAGAGGAGAACCAGCCCGGUCUGCCAGUGCUCCUGUGUGAGGUUCUCACCGCAGUCUUCCUCAGUCUGUUUGUUCAUGGUCUGGCCACUCACUCCACACACGAGCUGUUCCGGAUUGCAGCUCACCGGCUCAACAGCAAACUCUGGGUGGCCGUGUUUGGAGGAGGCGCUCGUAUUCCUGUCCUGGAGAAGCCCAGUUCACCCACAGUGGAGGAUGCAGAGCAGAAGCAGAGACGUUUUCGGCUGCGCUCAUCACGCAGUAACUCCAGAGAAGUUCCUGACAGUCCCAUCAGUCCCAGAGUCAUGAUGGAGCAGGAAACAUCUGUCUUUAAAGAGCGAUUCGUGCCACCUGAAUUCAGCAUCUGGGAUUACUUCAUCGCAAAGCCGUAUAUGCCUCCGUCUGCCAGUCAAGUGGAGUACAACUCUGAGGAAAGCCAGAGCAGUGAUGAUGAAGAUGAUGAAGAUGCUUUUGAUCUGAAUUCUCCGCAGGAAGAACAUUCCAACAAUAACUCUUACAGCUGGUGUCUGAUGCGUCUGGCUCUGGUGCAGAUGAUGCUGAUGAACCUCAAAACCUUCUACCCAACAGCAGGUCAUGACCUCUUAGAUCUGCCCGUGUGUUCGCCACUGUGUCACGCGGCUCUGAAGACUCUCCAGCGCUGGGAGCAGCUCUUACUCAAGAGGCUGGAGAUUUUCGGAGGUCCUCCGUCACAGUACAUCUCCACACAGCUGCUGGAGGGGAACGUUUCUUCCGGACCAGCCCUGCUGCGACACAAAGCCCUGUUUGAGCCCUCCAAUACACCUUUCAAGUCUCGACGGCGUUCAGCUCUGCCCGUUAAACGUCUGUGGCAAUAUCUGAUCAAACAGGAAGAGAUUCAGGAGACGUUCAUACGAAACAUCUUCACUAAGAAACGAGAUCAGAAUGAGGAUGUCACUGACAAUAUGAAAUAUUCUGAGCUGGUGGAGCCCAACCAAACGCAGAUUGAGUCUCAUCUGGGGUUUCCUGGAGGAAAAGCUCGCAUUAUCCACAAAGAGUCUGACAUCAUCAUGGCAUUCGCCAUCAGUAAGGCCAAUCAUAACUGUUUAGUGAUUGCAUCCACACAUGACAUACAGGAGCUGGAUGUGUCCUCCAUCCUCGCCACACAGAUUCUGACGUGGAUCGAUGAUGAGGCAGAGACAGAGGUCGAAGGGGGAGAUGAUUUCCUGGUUGUUCACUCUCAAGAUGAUGUCAGCACGUUACACGGCACCACGCCGUACACCCACAGCAGCCCUGGCACACCCAUCAACAUGCCCUGGCUGGGCGGCCUGCAGACGGGUCGAGGAGCUGCAGUGCUCAUCAAGAGAAACAUUAGUAAUGUGAGACGGAUGACGUCACACCCCACACUGCCAUACUAUCUGACAGGAGCUCAGGACGGGAGCGUGCGGAUGUUUGAAUGGGGUCACUCACAGCAGAUCACCUGCUUCAGGAGUCCAGGAAACUCCACAGUCACCAGAAUCCGUUUCAGUCAUCAGGGCAAUAAGUUUGGAGUUGUUGAUGCUGACGGAGCACUCAGUCUGUGGCAGACCAGCACCAGUGGAAACGCACCCAAACCAUACCUGACGCUUCAGUGUCAUAAUAAAACAGCCAAUGACUUUGUGUUUGUGGGAUCAUCGUCUCUCAUCGCGACCGCAGGCCUGUCAACAGACAACAGAAACGUUUGUCUGUGGGAUACUCUGCUCACUCCAGCGAACAGUUUAGUUUGUGGCUUCUGCUGUCACGAGUCUGGUGCGAUGGUUCUGGCGUUAGCUUCCAAACAGCAGCUGUUGAUCAGCGGCGGUCGGAGGGGCUGGAUCAGCGUUCUGGAUCUCAGUCAGAAAGUCCAGCGACAGAGUUUUCAAGCUCACGAUUCACCUGUUAAAGCUCUCGCCGUGAACGCCACUGAGAGCUGUUUCAUCAGCGGUUCUGCUGAAGGCAGCAUCAAGGUUUGGAGUAUGUCGACUCAGAGUCUGUUACACACCUUCAGUAACGAACACGCCCGUCAGUCCAUCUUCAGAAACCUCGGCACGGGCGUCAUGCAGAUCGAAACGGCUCCAGCCAAUCACAUGUUCUCCUGCGGCGCGGACGGAACCAUGAAGAUGCGUGUUCUGCCGGACGUCAUGAGCACGUACAGCAACAGCCUGCAGAGUGAAGUGAAGUUCAUCAUGUAGCACAUUCACCUUUACUACCUUUGCACACGGUAAGACAAGCAAUACGAGCCACGUAACGCAAACGUCACGGCUCCAAUCCAUCAGAUAAUACAGGGAAACAGUCCUGGAGUCGCCCUCAUAUGUAUUCACUGUUCCAUUUCUUAUACAGCGAGUUAAUAUGAUUUUAUCAGUUAAACCUUAACUAGCCAAACUAAGCAGUGUUGUGAUUGUGAUAUACAUUUAAAUAUAGUGAUAAGUGUCCUUAUAUUUCUACCUAAUAACCAUAAAACUCUCGGAUCUCACCGGUCACCAGUGUGACCUCACUGGUUAAACUGGACUCAUUUAAGUGAAGCAGAAGUGGCUUGGAACAUAAAGGUCAUGUAAAACUACGUGUGGUAGUUCCUCUAAUUAUAAUAAUUAUAUAGAAAAGUAUUGUAUAUUGCCACCAUAAACAGUAUUAUUUAGAUUUAGUGACGUGAGCAGUGCAUUAACGCAGGUACUGAGAUAUUGGAAUGGAAAGUUUUUAAAAACCUUCAUUUCAGCCGAAAAAAUAUGUACGUGUACCCGUUAAAUCACAUGAUAUUUCUCCAUAUUAAGCACUUUGUUUGUGUGGAGCUGGAACGUCAUUCCAUACUAGAGUCCAUCUGAAUAAAGAGUGAAAGAGCUUGAUGGACUCCAGAGGUUCAGUUUCAGUGAUGAUGUCAUCAGUACAUGUGAUUUGCCUUGGAGAGUGAAUGAAGCAUCAGCCGUAGCACAACGAUCCGUUCAUGUGUUCAUAUAAGCUUGAUUUACAUCACUGUGAAUAACUGGAAUGAAGAUUACAGCUACUUUUAUUUUUGGGAUGUAAAUAUGGUUGAUAAGAGACUUGACUGAGAUCAUGAUUAAAUAAUUCUGUAUGAAAAUAUCUGUGUUAAAUUUAAGGAAUAUUUAUAAUCAUGAAGGGUUCUGCAGAUUGUUUGUUUUUAGGGUUCAUUUUUUACUCGUUUCUUUUACCUGCGAGCACAAACUCUGCAAGCGUUUUCAUUUGUGCUGGAAGAGGUUUUUAUCUGAUGAAAGUCACAUUGUUUUUCUCUCUCCUCAUCAACCGGUUUAUUUGGUUAGUUGUUUGACAACUGGAAUAAUGCAUCAGCUGUAGUUAUUAUGUGUCGAUUAUCUGGCUGUCUGCCCUUUAACCUCUCUAAUGUGAAUACACACAAAUGAAUCUAAUUUUAUAAUGAGUAUAAAGAUUCUUGUAAAUCAUACCAUGUAAUAAGAAAAUAAAUCAACCUUAAGCAACGUCUUCUCAUUUCUCUGUUUUAUUAAAGGGUUUCCUAUCAGCUUUUACUACACAAACUGUCACACAGUGCAAGUUUGUUAGAAAUUAGCAAAUUGUACAGUAUUAAUGAGUUACACCUGCAUUAGUGUUCAUCUCCAUGACAACGAGAUUACAAUCAAUGUCUGAUAGUAAAUUAAUAGUGAAUUAACGAACUGCAUGUUAAAGGGACAGUUCACCCAAAAAAUGAAAAUUCCCUCAUCAUUUACUCACCCUCAUGUCAUCCCAGAUGUGUGUGACUUUCUUUCUUCUGCAGAACACAAAUGAAGAUUUUUAGAAGAAUAUUUCAGCUCUGUAGGUCCAUACAAUGCAAGUGAAUGGUGACCAGAACUUUGAAGCUCCAAAAAGUACAUAAAAGCA